AUGAGCUCUCAGAAGUUAACGAAGAAACAGAAGAAAGCGAUCGCUUUUCGCGAGCGGAAGGGCAAAGGCAAAGCUCAGGCGUCUCUAGACGAUGGAAGCAACGACAUCCCGGUUCAGGAGGACCAGGAACUCGCUAGCCUACAAGCUGCUGAUGUGGAACGUGAGGAAAAGCAUACGCGACACAAAGACGACCAUCCAGCAGCAGCUGGCCCAGGCGGGGAACUGGUUGGCAAAGCUAGGAAAAGGAAACGCGAGCAAGACGCGGAAGGAAAAUCAAAAGAAACAGAAGGCCAAGCAGAGCAAGAAGAAGGCGCCCAAACGCCGGCCAAGAAAAAGAGAAGGGCAAGCAAAGGCGUCGAAGAAGGCAAAGGAAAGGCGGAAUCGGACGCCCAAGAGAAAGACCUGAAGAAAGAGAAGGCGAGAUACAUCCUGUUUGUCGGUAAUCUCAAAUAUACCACCUCCUAUGAAGCGAUCCGAGAGCACUUCUCUGUCUGCGACCCCCCUCCAACCAUCCGUCUGCUAACGCCCAAGUCCAAGAAUGGUCCCCAGCCAUCGACCGCGAAGUCCAAAGGAUGCGCUUUCCUCGAGUUCCCAAGUAAGAACAGUCUCCAGCAGGCAUUGAAGUUACACCAUUCUACGCUCGAUGGUCGCAAAAUCAACGUCGAGCUCACGGCCGGCGGUGGGGGAAAGAGCGAGCAGCGCCUGAAUAAGUUGAAGCAGCGAAACAAGGAGUUGGAAGCUCAGAGAAAGAAAAGGCUAGAGAAGAAGAAAACUGACCAGACCGAAGCUCCCGCAGAUGAAUCGGCGCAAGGCGCGCGGUUUUCCUCCACGUCGGGUGUUGGAGAUGCACCGGGCAGUACACGCACAUGGACAGUAGGCGACGAUGCCGGGGACAGGAAAAAGCGUAAGCGGGGCAGUAAGCAGAAGAGUGGUGCCAAGCGACCCAGCUUCCUGGCCACCGGAGUCAAUGCUAUCCCAGUCGGAUGA